AUGCCUGCCCUCGAAGCCCACUACUCCGCCCUCAUGAAGCGCGGCGCCAACUGGCCGUCCAAGAACCGCGGUGUCAUGGUCGUGUUUUGCAUCAUUGGCGUACUCAUCCUCAUGGUCAUUGCCCUCAUGCUCCACAAGAAGCUUGCCGCGCGAAAGAAGAGACGAGCCGAGGCGGACUUCCAGGCUGGGAAAUAA